AUGUUAAGACAUGUUGCAAAGAGAUCAUUUGGAUCGCUAGGAAUCCCACAAAAUAAGCUAAAGUAUAUUCCUAAAGGAGGAUUCUACCCUAAGGGUUUCAAAGUAGGAUCAGUAGCUUCCCAUGUGAAGAAAACAGGAGCACCCGAUCUAGCUUUAAUUCAUUCAGCCAAACCAUGCACAGCUGCAGGUGUCUUUACGACUAACAAGUUCAAAGCAGCACCUGUUAUUGUUGAUAAGGAAAACUUAACGCUCAAGAAAAACGAAGACUUCCAUUCGAUUAUAAUUAAUUCAGGCUGUGCCAAUGCUGUCACUGGAAACGGUGGGUUGUCGGAUGCAAAGGACAUCAUAAACUACGUUGAUAAAGCAUUGCAUGGAACAACAUACCCUGUAUCUAAAACACUGACAAUGUCAACGGGUGUCAUUGGACAGAGACUACAAGUGGAUAAGAUCAAGUCAGGUAUUGACAACAUAGUGACGGAAAUUGACUCACAGCAUGAAGACUGGCUCAAAUGUGCCAAGGGAAUAAUGACAACCGACACGUUUCCUAAAUUAAUAUCUAGAAAUUUCAAGAUUAAUGGAAUUGAGUACAAUAUUGCGGGUCUGGUCAAAGGUGCCGGUAUGAUUUGUCCCAACAUGGCGACUCUGUUGGGUCUGAUUAUCACAGAUGCCCCAAUAGAGUCAAUCACCUUACAGAAUUUGCUUAGUAAGUCUGUUGAUAAAUCUUUCAAUUGUAUAUCGGUGGAUGGUGAUAUGUCUACCAACGAUACCAUUUUGUCAUUAUCAAAUGGUCAAUCUGGUGGAGAAUUGAUCACCGAGCAGUCUGGAGAGGUUUACGAGGUUUUUGAAAAGAACUUCAAAGAGAUUGCCAUUGAAUUGGCAAAACUAGUUGUGAGAGACGGAGAAGGUGCUACCAAAUUCAUCACAAUCAAGGUGAAGAAUGCCAAAAACGAUGAAGAGGCGAAACAAGCGGCAAACUCUGUCUCUAACUCUGCAUUGGUCAAGACUGCCAUGUUUGGUAAAGACGCCAAUUGGGGUAGAAUUUUAUGUGCAAUUGGAUAUUCUGAAAUCGAUGUUGAGCCUACGAAAACCAACGUUUCCUUCGUUCCAAGUGAUGGAAGUGCAGAACUGAAGUUGUUAGUCAAUGGAGAGCCGCAACUAGUUGACGAAAAUAGAGCAAGUGAAAUCCUCGAGCACGAAGACCUUGAAAUUGCCAUCGAUCUUGGUCUCGAAGGAAAAGGUGAGUGCACCUUCUGGACAUGUGACUUGACUCACGACUACGUGACUAUUAAUGGAGACUACAGGUCGUGA